CCCCCUUUCUGGCAGCGAAAACAGUGCCCGUUCGACGAUCUUACCGUGCACGCGAACAAUGAAACUUUAGUUUAACGCAAAAAUGUCGUCGAUAUCGGCCCAAGGGGUCGUCGAAAGGGCCUCGGCAGAACUAUCGAAACGUAUAAACGGUUUGGGACUGAGCAGGGGCAAACAUCACUCGUCUAAAGGCAGCGUAAUGGAACGAGUGACGAACGUAUUUUGCGGCAACAGCAGCGCGGUCCAAGCUCCCGAAAAACCUUCCAGGUUGUUGCCCGCUUCCAGGAAACCAGCUCCCACGCUUAUCAGAAGAUCCUGCAAACCGUUGCAGCCCGUUUAUCACACCUGGGAACAGCUGAUGGUUGAUGAAAAGUUUUUGGCCAAGUUCUUUUUGUACUUCAGCCCUUGCGAACGGUGCGUUUUGGCUCAGGUCUGCCUCAGGUGGAGGGACGUUUUGUACAGGUCGCCUCGGUAUUGGACAGGUUUGGUUCCGGUGUUACAGUGUCGCGAACUGAGAGGGUUCCAAGUGACGGAACGGGCCCGAUUGUAUUCGUCGUUGCUCAGGAGAGGGUUUCACAGUUUGUGUCUUAUGGGGGCUACGAACGAGGACGCUUUGGAUAUGAUUAAUACGUUUCCUUUAGCUUCUAAGCAUAUUCAUACGCUUAAAUUGCAAUGCUCCAGUAUAGGCGAUCAGGGUUUGGAAAGUUUAAUGGAACAUUUACAGGCCCUCUACGAACUAGAUUUGGCGGGCUGCAACGAAAUCACCGAACAAGGCUUGUGGCAGUGCCUGCACCCGAGAAUAGUGUCGCUGACGCUGACCGAUUGCAUAAACGUCGCCGACGAAGCUGUCGGAGCCGUCGCUCAGCUGCUGCCCGCUUUGUACGAGUUUCAGCUGCAAGCCUACCACGUCACGGAUCAAGCUCUCGGCUAUUUUUCGCCGAAACAAGGCUGCAGUUUGGGCGUCCUUCGGUUACACUCGUGCUGGGAGAUUACCAAUCACGGUGUCGUCAAUAUCGUACAUUCUCUACCAAAUCUGACUGUUCUGAGCUUGUCCGGGUGCAGCAAAAUAACAGACGACGGAGUCGAGCUGAUAGCGGAAAAUCUACAAAAAUUACGAUCCCUUGAUUUGUCUUGGUGUCCCAGAAUUACCGACGCCGCCUUGGAGUACAUCGCGUGCGACUUAAAUCAAUUAGAAGAACUCACUUUAGAUAGGUGCGUUCACGUGACUGACAUAGGAAUAGGCUACAUCUCAACCAUGUUAUCUCUACAAUCGUUAUAUUUACGUUGGUGUUCGCAAAUCAGAGACUUCGGACUGCAACACUUGUGCGGCAUGAGAAAUUUGCAAGUUUUAUCUCUGGCAGGUUGUCCAUUGUUAACGUCCAACGGACUGUCCAGUCUGAUCCAGCUCAGACACUUGCACGAACUGGAACUGACGAAUUGUCCGGGAGCGUCGAGGGAACUGUUCGACUAUUUGAAAGAGCACCUGCCUCGUUGCCUGGUCAUAGAAUAAAGUAGCAACUUAUAUUCGUCCCCUCCGGAUAUACUAAAAUGUUUUAGAGAGUGUGUACCUGAUUUGAAUUCUUAGACCCGAAUAAUGGUGUUGUUAGAAGUCGGAACUUCGUUACUAGGAGCUUAUACCAGCCAUUUUGAAUCAGCUUUUUUAAAAAAUGCCGGAAAUUCAAAUUUAGAAAUUUAGACCCAGGGAAGGUUAUGCGUUGGUGUAAACUUACUCAUUGCCAUUCUGAAUCGAGCCUGACUUGAAACUGAAAGUUUAGCCUAGUGGCGUCUAGAUUUUAGACUCAGAACUUAAUAUGACCAACAGACCAACCAGUGUUGCCAGAGAGCAAACAUUUUUUGUACCAAAAUUAAAGAAAAAUUGUACCAGAGCAGGUUAUCCGGCCACUCGGCCAGGAAGGACACGCUGAUUUCUUCAGUGUAGCGCACCAUUGAAACAACACCGGCCAUUCAGGCUGGAGAUUUGAAAAAAACAUAUGGCAAUACUGCUUAUGAUACAACAAACGUUAAAAAAUUGACAUUUCAAAGUAGGCUUUGUUUUCUUUAAAACUCAAUACAAAAUGGCGUCUUUUUGUUUUAAAGAUUACGGCCCGAAGGGCCGGAGUAUUAAAAUCUGCAGUUGACAAUGAAUGGAUUCGUAUAACUGUAGCCCUUCGGGCUCGUAUAACCUCGGCCCUUCGGGCUCGUAACGUGAUUAAAAUAACACCGGCCUUUCAGACUCGAGAUUUGAAAAAGACAUGGCAACACUGCUCAUGAUACAACAAACGUCAAAAAAUUGACGUUUCAAAGUAGGCCUUGUUUUCUUUAAAACUCAAUACAAAAUGGCGUCUUUUUGUUUUAAAGAUUAAGGCCCGAAGGGCCGGAGUAUUAAAAUCUGCAGUUGACAAUGAAUGGAUUCGUAUAACUGUAGCCCUUCGGGUUCGUAUAACCUCGGCCCUUCGGGCUCGUAACGUAAUUAAAAUAACACCGGCCUUUCAGACUCGAGAUUUGAAAAAGACAUCGCAACACUGCUCAUGAUACAACAAACGUCAAAAAAUUGACGUUUCAAAGUAGGCUUUGUUUUCUUUAAAACUCAAUACAAAAUGGCGUCUUUUUGUUUUAAAGAUUAAGGCCCGAAGGGCCGGAGUAUUAAAAUCUGCAGUUGACAAUGAAUGGAUUCGUAUAACUGUAGCCCUUCGGGCUCGUAUAACCUCGGCCCUUCGGGCUCGUAACGUGAUUAAAAUAACACCGGCCUUUCAGACUCGAGAUUUGAAAAAGACAUGGCAACACUGCUCAUGAUACAACAAACGUCAAAAAAUUGACGUUUCAAAGUAGGCCUUGUUUUCUUUAAAACUCAAUACAAAAUGGCGUCUUUUUGCCCGAAGGGCCGGAGUAUUAAAAUCUGCAGUUGACAAUGAAUGGAUUCGUAUAACUGUAGCCCUUCGGGCUCGUAUAACCUCGGCCCUUCGGGCUCGUAACGUGAUUAAAAUAACACCGGCCUUUCAGACUCGAGAUUUGAAAAAGACAUGGCAACACUGCUCAUGAUACAACAAACGUCAAAAAAUUGACGUUUCAAAGUAGGCCUUGUUUUCUUUAAAACUCAAUACAAAAUGGCGUCUUUUUGUUUUAAAGAUUACGGCCCGAAGGGCCGGAGUAUUAAAAUCUGCAGUUGACAAUGAAUGGAUUCGUAUAACUGUAGCCCUUCGGGUUCGUAUAACCUCGGCCCUUCGGGCUCGUAACGUAAUUAAAAUAACACCGGCCUUUCAGACUCGAGAUUUGAAAAAGACAUCGCAACACUGCUCAUGAUACAACAAACGUCAAAAAAUUGACGUUUCAAAGUAGGCUUUGUUUUCUUUAAAACUCAAUACAAAAUGGCGUUUCUUUGUUGCCCUGUGGCCUCAAGAUUAAAAACACUCUCGCUCUUCGGGCUCAUAUGAUUAAAAAAAAAAACGCCAUAUCAAUCCUCUAGCGUUACAGUGUUGCCAAAAGGUAAAAAAUUCAAUCAGCCUGACAGCCUUAACAUCAUAACAAUCGUUUCUUGAUGUCAAUUGCCACUUGUCAACGUUUUACAUUUACAAUUACAAAUGUUCCAAAAUUACCGUUAAAAUGUGGCAACGUUGCUGUUGUAGGCCUCAAUCUGAAUCACAAUUGACAAAAAAAGUCAACAAUCGUAGGUGGUCCUGAAAAUGAACUCGUCAAUUGUCAAAAGUCAUAAUAUUGUAUAUAGGCUUGUCAGUUGUCAAACAAAAAUUGAGUAAUUAUUCCAAGUGUUUGAACUGGGAACAAUCGAAAAUUUACUCUGAUGAUAGUUUGGCUCGACCAGCUGAUCAUUCAAAUUGUUUCCCUCUUUAUCUCGCUCUUUAUCUUACUCAUUUAUAAUCGCUUUUGGUUUUCUAAUAAUGUAUUCUACCUUAUCCUCUUUGUUUUACUCACUAAAAUCUGGAAAAACAUUAUGUUUGAGAUUGUAAUUAUGGCAACAUCGCUUUUGUUCAAAUAGGUUUUGUAAUGUAAUGUCAUUUGGCAUUUUAGACAGUUGGCCAUUUUCGAGUGUUUUUAUCCAGUUUCUCCUCGAAUUUUUCACUUUUCCAGGCCAGUUUCGAUCGGGAAAACUGUUAAUUAUAUGCGAGCUUGAAAGGCCGGAGUUAUACGCGAGCCCGAAGGGCCGGAGUUAUUUUAAUCACGGGGCCUAGUUUAUAAUUCUAAUGGUCAGCGGAUAAUUUGGAGCCAAUCAAAAACCUGGAAUAUUCAAAAUGCGAUUUUUAGUGCCCAAUCAAAGAGCCGGGAAUAUUCAAAAACUUUAGUUUUAUCAAGUUGACUUUGGAAUGUUGGUUUUCUAUUGGGUUUUCUUAAGAUUUUCACUUUUUUCAGAAAACGGUGGUUUUUGCAAACAUGUACUACUUUAUCGUUGUCUUUGUCUUACUCACUAUAAUCAACAAGUAAACCUUGUAAUGUCAUUUUUAUUGAAAUAUAACUAAAAACAAGUUUCCGAUGCUUUAUCUAGGGAAUUUUAAUUAUUAUAAUCAUUAUUUAUUAAUUAUUUAACAAUUUUUAAUUGAAUUUUAAACAAAAAACUCAUUUAAAAUGUUAUUUUUGUUUUCCGAGAUGUAAUGUGGCAAUGUUACUUUUAGUCGGCCAUUUUGAAGUGACGUCUCGUGUUUUUUUUGCCAGUUUUUCCUGGAAUUUUCGACUUUUUCGGGUAUUUUUAAUGGAAAAGACCGAUUUAACAUACGAGGCUUUAAGUUUUCUCCAUUUUCUAGCAAAAAUUUCCACUUUUAAAUGCCAUAAUUAGCAAAAUCCCAUUUAAAAUGCUUUUGAUGUGGCAACACUGUUUGUCGCUAACUUCAAUCAAGGAUGCCUUGUUAUAAAUAUCAUUGUCAUUUUUGACUGUCGGCCAUUUUCAUUUGACGUGUUUACAUUUUUAUCUAGUUUUUUCUCGAAUUUUCCACUUUUCCGGGCUGUUUUUGAUCGGGAAAAUCGAUUUAAAGUACGAGGCUUUGAGUUUCCUUCAUUUUGUAUCAAAAAUUUCGAGUUUUUCAACCGGGUAAGUAACAAAAACUUAAGUUUCAUCAAGUAGACUUGGGAAUGUCAUUUUUCAAUGGUUUUUCUUUGGAUUUUCCGCUUUUCCGAUUAACGAAACCGAUUUCAAGUACGAGGCUUUGAUUUUUUUUUUAUUUUAUGCCGAAAACCUAAACUGAACACAAACUACGUCAACCAAAAACCACAAAAACGAGUGUUAAAUUGGUGACGUCAUCUAUUUACGAAUCAAAAAUUAUUGUUAUAUCGAAUUUGGAUACAGAAAUACAAGUUAAUUAGAACAUCGACAUUAGACUAAGACUAAGUAGGCAGUGGGCUAAGACUCUUUGAGAAUUUGGAAAAAAUUAAAAAAUUGAAAAUUGUACCAAAUAUGCCAACAUCGUACCAGCGUACUUUUUCAAAACGAAUGGUACAAUUGUACCACCUCUGGCAACAUUGCUGGAAACUGAAGAUUUGACCCCGGAGGCUCAAUAGAAAUUUUCAAGAGCUUGACUUUAACCCAUCGGUAAAAGUUGACAGAUGAACAAUGAAUUAAACUUCAUUUGUCAACCAAUUAGUCUCAAACUUCAGAUUUAAGUUUUCUGUUCAAUGCUCAGUCAAUUAUGAGUAAGUUUACAUGGUUGGGUUUGUGUAGGUUUUAAGAGUAAAAUCCUGUAAAAAAAAAAGUGUACAAAACUAUUUUGCGACUGAAACGCUCAUUGAAUGUGCAAUUUUGUCUAUAGCCGCCUUUUUCUCUUGACUCUUAUUUAUUUAUGUGCAAUAAUAACGCUGUACCUUUACUUAUUUGUUCUCUAUUGUAUAUUUACUAUUAUAAUUUGCACACUUUUUGUUCCUUCCUAUACCUACUUAUAAUUUGUAAAUAGUGAAAAAGGUGUUAUUGGCCAAUAAAAACAUAG